CGCGUAAGUAUCCAAUAUGUUCGCACGAAACAGCAGAAUCUUUAUCUUUUGGCUUUGCUGACGGUGCGUUCUGAGAACAAGCUGAAGACGAGUCCCCACGAGCGAGUGGGUUUAACGGCGAUCUUCGGUGUCGUGUUUUCAAACUCAGUAGGGAUCACGGCUGUAAAGGCCGCAUACUUAUUUAUUCCCAGCACGAUUUUAUUGCUUUAGCGCCACAGCAUCUCUCCUCACACACCGACCACCUCCAUGGCUAGCGUCGUUUCCGGUGCUACUGGCUCCGCGGCUGGGCCGCAGGACGCGAAGAGCUCUGCUUCCUCGUCGAAUCGACGGUCCCUCGCCGACGUGCGCGCGCAACAGAGGUUACAGUCCCGGCCGCAGCUGUACGUCAAUGGCGAGGUGUAUGCAAACAUAUUUUUCGUGGGAAAUCAUCAUAUAGGGAAAUGACUUGAUGUCGCACAGGCGCUAUGACCCAGUCUCAGACUUUCAGUCGGCCUCUGUUCUUGCGUAUAUCAAGUAUGGCAAGCCAUAUUCCAUUAUGACGAUUUCCCAGUUCUUGACGCUCCCAUCAAGUAGAGUGUGGUGGAAUUUGUGCGACCAACAUGAGCCAACUGUACUGCGCGUUCCGGUUUCGCUUCAUCCGUGCGAACUGGUUCAUGCUGAAUGGCGAGGAGCGAGGGGAAACGUUCGUUUCUGACGGUCACAAUGGGAUGUGUGUCUGGAACCACCCGUUUGAUGCGCAUUUCGCGUAUUUUUUGCUUUUUUUUGGACGACGCAACAAUCAAAUUUAACCGCACCGGUGUCAGGCCGUCAGCUUGCUAAUUACUUAUUUUAGAAUCGAAAUAGUAUGAUUGCUGCUGCUGGUACAACUCGCUGACUUUGCGUUUGCGCGCAACAUACAAGAACGACUUUUCUACUGCAGCGCUCUCGCACUCGAAGGCUGGCCGCGCAUGGAGUUGGUUGUACGAGGCAAGGACGGGGACGGGCGGAACCAAGUAGCAGGGUAUGGUCAGGUGCUGGUGCCAACGAAACCCGGAUGCCACGAGCUCAUUGUCCAGUGCUGGAGGCCGCUUUCGCAGGACAAGCUGCGGCAGAAACUGCUGGGCGAAGUCCCGGAGUUAUUGGACGAAGAGAUUGACUACAUCGCGCAACCCAACAAGUCCAAGCCGGGGAUCCGAGCAGAAGAUAGCGUCGAGGUUCUCGUGCGAUUUAACGUCAGCUUGCAGGAAUUUCGACAGAAUAACUUACAUGUUGUGUGAUGAGCGACAAAGGCAUGAUGAUGCACAUGUCGUCGAGUUCUAUUAAACCUUGAUCUUCAGCAGUUUGUAUGGUACAAAUAGCGACCAACCUUUCCAAUGGUAAUGUGAGAAGGCCUGUGGCACUAGUUCUAGUAGGAUGCGGACGCGCUUUAUGUAUGUUGAAGAUCGGAAAAAUCGCGAUCGCCUCGCAGCCGAUGUAUCCAUGUCCUCUGCACGUUCUAUCAUAUCUGUGUGGUAUGCGGUGUUCUAGAACUACUUUGUCUCGGGAAAAGAACAAGAACUGAUGAAUUGACGGCCCUCCACCGUCACUCGUAUAGAAGC